GUUAAAGUAAAGUAGUUUAACAAAUUUCAUUAAACUUUGAGAUUUUGAGGUGUUACCGCGUGUUUAGGUGAGGUAGCCAUUACUGUGAACGACAACCGACAAGAUGGCGCAGCGUAUAGCAGCUACGACUGGCUCCUUCACCAAUGCUAUUUUCAAAUUAGGUGUUGUCACUUGUUCAAGCACUGCUGCUUUAGGCGUUGUCUACUACUUUGCCUGGUACAGACCCAGGAAAGAAAAGUUUGAGGGUUUUCUGAAAGCAUGUACCACAGAUGAAAGUUUGAUAAAAGCCCAGACUGAGAGGCUCCAGAGAAUGGGUUACCACCCUGGCAGCUACACAUUGUCAGCAGACAAGUUCAAGGGCUUGUUUGAGAACUGUGACGGCAAGGAAUUCCUCGAGGCCAUGACCCAGUUCUACACACUGCAGGGAAUGAAGGAGGAGGGGGCCACUGCUGAUAGAGAAGCCUACCUCAAGGCUCGUAACCAGACCAGAGUCAGGCAAUUCCAGGCACUUGAUCCUUUUCCGGCAGACCUGAGCACCAUGGAGUCCCUGGAGAGAAAGUACAGGAGUCAUGUGCCCACAGACAAGGCCAGUAUUGAUAGCUUUGUUGAGCGCAUGGAGAAGUUCAAGAACGGAGAAUCAGACGAAUUCUCCUUUGCACUGGCUCGCUUAAACAACAUACCAAGACCAAAGCUGAGUGAGGCAGCCGUAGACGAGGGAUUGAAACGCAUCAAGGCCGGUGAAGAACGAGCCAAAGUCAUCCUGGAGACCGCUAGGGCUGCAGUGGAGGCGGAGGGAGCCAUCUAAAAUUCUGUGCACACAUGGACAUUAAGGAAUCAGAUUGCCUGAAGAAUAGAUAACACGAGUCACCUGAUAUUGUGAUGAUACAUUUUAGGGGAAUUAACAGUUUAUAAAGAGGAAAAGUUGCUUAUAAAAAACAUAUAUAAAAAAACACUGACUUAAUUUCAGAACAAUGACUGUUUCAAUUGUGAUGUUUUUACACUGUAACAGAUGGACGUAAUGAGUUGUUUGGAGAAAGAAGUUGAUUAAAUAAUUUAUGAUA